UGGUGAGGGCUCGGCGUGAUCGCUCGCGUGCGUGCGCGAGGAAUCGCCAUCUCGCGUUGCAUUUUCACGGACCCUUUCUGCUCAAUACACUUGGCACGUUAUCGUUCCGGAGGUUUUUAUCGCCUUCGUGGUUGUGGAUUGUGGCUGUGGCCGUCCGUGGUUCGACAUGAUGUGGCUCCGAGGUCCAGUUGCCUUUGCGGCAAACCCUGGCUUCGAGGUAUGACCAUGGCGACCAUCGGGAUCGGCUCACUCGCCUCCCGAUCUCUCGCUCCCCCUCGCGGAGCAGCACAAACCCAACUAGGGUCUCAGUUCACUUCUACCGCAGCUUUGUUGCAGGGAUUGAACCCUCGGAAUUGCGAGGUGACCUCGUCGUUUCGUUCCCUCAGUAGGCGUGGUUUGACCGGAGUGCGAGCUCUGAUGGGCACCAGCGGCAAGCAGCAGAGAGUUGAACCGGGGCCCGGGCAGGAGUCAGUUUGGGAUUAUCCGCGACCCCCUUCUCUUCAGCCCGUGCCGGAGAGAAUCCGCAUCGAAUUCAACUCCAAAACCAUCGCUGAUACCACUCGAGCUUACCGUGUUUUGGAGACCAGCCAUCCUCCAGUUUAUUAUAUUCCGCAAGAGGAUAUUCAGAUGGAAUUUGUUCAGAAGGCGCAAGGAAGCUCGUUCUGCGAGUGGAAAGGAAAUGCUACCUAUUGGACUGUGCAAGUAGAAGGUCGUGAAGCUGAAAAGGUCGGAUGGAGCUACGAGAACCCCACGGCCCCAUUCCGCGCCAUUAAGUCCUGCAUCGCCUUUUAUGCCGCUCCCAUGGAUGCAUGCUAUGUCGGCGAUGAACGAGCGCAGCCACAACCCGGAGGGUUCUACGGUGGCUGGAUCACUUCCAAAGUGGUCGGGCCUUUCAAAGGAGGGCCUGGUUCUUGGGGAUGGUAGGCUGAUCAAACCUCUAAACCCUCUUUACAAUCUGCGUAGGGAGCUCCUCCUCUGCCCUAACUGCACAGAGAACACAUCGAUUGUACAUUUCUACGUGUUCUUUUUUGCGCACUGCCCGAAUGAGUGUUCCCAACGCACCUGUUCAAGUAUGCCUAGGUUUACAAAAUUGUAUUCAGCUGAUAUGAUUUGUAAAAUGGACUUCGCUGACAAUUAACACGCAAGCCAGUCUUUGCAGCAUUUUGAUUGAGCUUUCUUGGACA